AUGGAGGACAUCCUACAUGGGCUCAACAAUGCCCAGAGAUCCGCCGUAGCAUCUCCGGCCGAGGUUCUGCAAGUCCUCGCACCUCCAGGCUCCGGCAAGACCAAGACUCUCACCGCCCGCGUCGCCUACCUCGUUGCGUGCAAGCAGCUGAGACCAUGGAACAUCAUCGUCUGCACAUUCACCGUCAAGGCGGCGAGCGAGAUGAAGGAGCGCAUUACGAGCUUCGUCGGUGCAGAUGUGGCUAAACAACUCAAGCUGGGGACAUUCCAUUCCGUGGCACUGCGGUACCUGAGAAGCUAUGGCCAGUACAUCGGUCUAGACAAGGACUUCAACAUUGCCGAUUCCGCCGACAGUAAAGCCAUCUUAAAAAGGGUAAUCAAGAGACUGGAUCUCUCGAUUGAACCGGGUUCGGCUUUGGGAAGGAUAUCAUCACGAAAGGCCAAAGGGAUCGUCUCGAAUCCAGAGAAGCCAGCAAAGAAGGUUGAAGAGCAGGAGUUUGACCGACUUUACGAUGAGUACGAGGCGACACUGGCUGCUUCGAAACUUCUCGACUACGACGAUAUUCUCCUCCGAUGCUGCUUCCUGCUACGAAGCCAUCCACAAUGCGUAGCAAAUGUGGAAGCUGUCCUCAUCGAUGAAUUCCAAGAUACGAACAACGUUCAGUUUGACAUGAUGUCUCUGUUCUCGCAGAAGAUGAAUGUCAUCACGAUCGUCGGCGACCCAGAUCAGAGCAUCUACGGCUUCCGAUCAGCGGAGAUUAAGAACUUGACGCGCAUGAAGAAGCAGUGGCCGGACACAUUGACGAUAAAUCUGGAGGAGAACUAUCGAUCAUCCGGCGCGAUCCUCCAUGCUGCCCAAAAGAUCAUCGAACAGGAUGAGAAACGACCCCCAAAGAAGCUCCAGGCAACACAUUCGUACGGCAUGCGACCUGUGCUUCGCAAGUUGCCGUCAGCCUAUGAUGAAGCAGAAUGGCUCGUUUCAGAGAUCAAAAGAGUGCAAGCCAUGUCCGGGAACAUGAUGCAACCAGACGACUUUGCGAUCCUGCUUCGUUCCGCAGCUCUCUCCCGCGCGAUCGAGGCCGCUCUUGGCAAUGCUGGAGUAGCGUAUCGCAUGGUUGGUGGACUGCGGUUCUACGAUCGCGUCGAGGUCAAACUCAUCGUGGACUAUCUUCGAGUCAUCAGUCAGCCGGAUUACAGCGAGGCAGUGGAGAGAAUCGUCAACGUACCGCCUCGGAGAGUCGGCGAGGAGACUGUGAAGAAGCUGCGAGAGGAAGCUCGCGAGCAAGGAAUGUCUUUCUGGAAGCUCAUCAUCGACACCGUACAAGGCCGAAGGACUCCGAAGACCAAGUUGAACGACCCCUGUCGGAAAGGCCUCGCCUCGUUUGUCAACGUGAUUCUCAGCGGACAGAAGAAGGUGGAGUCGUGGGGUGAGGGACCGUCUCUGGUCGACCUGAUCAACAUUAUUGCGCAGAAGAUCUCGUUUCAAGCUUAUCUGAAAUCGAAGUAUCCGGAAGAGAAGGAGUAUGAGGCUCGAUGGAGCAACGUGGAAGAACUUAUGGCACAGGCAGCAGAUCUCAGUACUCCUGGCAAGCUGAAAGACAUGGCCGAGGCUGAUCGUUUGCCCACUCUGGACGACAUGGAGCAAAGCAACAACUCCGCCGAAGACGUGCUCUCUGUCUUCCUGGCCAACAUUUCUCUCGCGGCCUCAGAGCAGAAAGCAAAAGACGGGGACGAACAAGUCAAGCAGGUCACCAUCUCCACGAUUCAUGCUUCGAAAGGCUUGGAGUGGCCAGUGGUCUUCAUACCCGCUUGCUAUGAGGGAUCAAUACCGCAUUCCCGGGCCGACGACAACGAUGAGGAGCGGCGACUUCUCUACGUCGGAAUGACCCGAGCACAGGCUCUGCUGUACUUGAGUUGCCCCAUCAAGAAUACUCAAAAAGAGGACACGACGAUGUCUUCUUUCCUCACACAGCCCGGAGCUGCAAGCUUCUUUGAAGAGCAUGGUCCCAACUUGGCAUUGUCAGCGGUCACCAGCUUGAGCACGACGCUGAGGCGGGAUUGUCCCCAACCAACUGUUGUCGCUCAAUUGAAGAAAGGGCUUGAGCGGGAUGAGGAUAACUUCUGGCCGCUGAAUGGCGAACAACCACCUGAGCGACUAGCAAAGUGGGACAAUGACAGG